CUGUUCAGAGACAGACUUGGCAACUUGAGGAGCGACGUCAAAGCCCUUGAAUAUUAUUUGAGUGUGGGGGCGACUGCUGUGGGCCGCUAGGGUUACGCGUCGCUCUGUCGCCUCCCCCAAGGAGCUCCGUAAUGGUCCGCGCCCUAAAGGCGCGCGAGGCUUGAAGCGCUGACCCAGGAACCGGGUGGGGGAGGUAGCCGAGGCGUCUCUGGCAGGUCUUGGAUGGCAAUGGAUACUGAGCGGGCCGAGAUGCGCGCCUUGGAGGCGGAGAUUGCAGUGCUGCAGCAGGCUAGCAAGCAGCUGCCGGCGCCCUGGGAAGACGGGGCCCGCGUCCGAAAAUCAUUUCAAGAGAUACACCAGUCAGAUUCUGCAGGAUGGGAAUCUUCAAAAGACCCGAAAACUCAUCUUAGACAUUUAGAAGCAGAACUUUCAUUUCUAAGUAUGCUUACUGGCUUCAAUAUAACAGAUUACUCCAAGAAGACAGAAGAUUUAACAAGCACUGAGAUGACAGAAGAAAGUAUAAAGAAAGUUCUCCAGAGACACAGAUUGUCAGGAAGUUGCCAUGUAGUUACAUUUCAACUUGAAUUUCAGAUUCUGGAAAUACAGAAUAAGGAGAAUUUAUCUUCUGUCAUUACUGACCUCAGCAUAGUAAUGGAGCCCACAGAAUACUCAGAAUUAAGUGAAUUUGUGUCUAGAGCAGAAGAAAGAAGAGAUUUAUUCAUGUUUUUCCGAGGCCUACAUUUUUUUGUGGAAUGGUGUGAAUAUCGUAAGCGUACAUUUAAAUAUUUCAAGGACAAGUACCCAGACAUGGUGCAUCUCCCAAAGGGGGCCUGUUCCCUCUGCAUGGGGAUCCGCAGUACCAGCCGUCCAGGGUUCGAACUGGUGAUUGUUUGGAGGAUUCAAAUAGAUGAAGAAGGGAAGGUUUCACCAGUGCUGGAUCUUCUUACCAAAAUUCCUCAGCGAGCCCUGGAGCUGGACAAGAACAGAGUCAUUGAAACUGCUCCUCUGAGCUUCCGGACCCUGCUAGGAGUGCUUGGAAUUGAAGCUGCUGUUGAAUGCCUGAUAAGACUGCUCCAUGCAGGGAAUGAGUAGUUCCCAAAGGGUGGACAUGAGAAAUAGGACACGUCGCUGGGGAUUUAGCUCAGUGGCACCGCACCUGCCUUGCAAGUGCAAGGUUCUGAGUUCGAUCCCCGGAACCAAAAAGAAAAAAGAAAUAGGACACAUGCCAAGCACCCUGUGACUCACAGUGUGAACAUUUGCUCUGUUCCAUGUAGAAGCCACACCCUCAAAAGAUGCCACCUGUAUAGUUUCAGUACAUUAGAUAGACACGUAUGACAUGAAAAAUAGCUAUUUAACAUCCAAUAAAAGUGACAGCUACAAAAUGUGAUGACA